AUGAGUGACUUAGAAAAAUACGCAGAAUCGAGUAGUAACUCGUACAGGGGAGUCACAGGUACCUCUGCUCCUACCAAGGAAAAGGACGUCCAAUAUGUGACGGAGUCCGACAACAAUGAGUUUUUUGAGCUGGAGCAAUUCGAGGUGAAGCGUGAGUUGAAGGCUAGACAUAUUUCAAUGAUUGCAUUGGGUGGUACGAUUGGUACUGGGCUUUUUAUCAGUACAGGGGGGAUCUUACAGGAUGCUGGUCCUGUGAAUUCGUUGAUUUCGUUUUUGUUCAUGACGUCGUUGGCAUUUUCGGUGACUCAAUCGUUGGGGGAAAUGGCUACAUAUAUACCACUUUCGGGGUCAUUUAACCAAUUUGUUACUAGAUGGUGUUCUCCAGCUUUAGGGGCUGCGAAUGGUUAUUCGUACUGGUUCUCGUGGGCCAUUACUUUUGCAUUAGAAAUAUCUGUUGUGGGACAAAUUAUUCAGUACUGGACUGAUGCGGUUCCUCUUGCCGUAUGGAUUGCAAUUUUUUUGCUUCUUAUCACCGUCACAAACUUAUUUCCAGUUAAAUACUACGGGGAAAUUGAAUUCUGGGUCGCAUCGUUGAAGAUCAUUGCCGUUGUUGGAUGGUUACUCUAUGCCUUCAUUAUGGUUUGCGGGGCUGGUCUGAGAGGUCCUAUUGGGUUCAGAUACUGGCGUAAUCCUGGUCCUUGGGGUCCUGGGAUUUUGGUUGACAAUAAGAACACAGGAAGGUUCUUGGGUUGGUUAUCUUCUUUAAUCAGUGCCGCCUUCACUUUCCAAGGUUGUGAGUUGGUAGGUUUAUCAUGUGGUGAAUCCAAGAAUCCAAGAAAGACUGUCCCAGCUGCCAUUAGAAAAGUCUUGUACAGAAUUCUUAUUUUCUAUGUUCUUGCAAUUUUGUUCAUUGGAUUAUUGGUACCUUAUGACUAUGAACCAAUCGGAAGUUCAUAUGUCAGCAGUUCUCCAUUUAUUGUUGCCAUUAGGCUCUCAGGUACUAAAGUUUUACCUGAUAUCUUUAAUGCUGUUAUUUUGGUCACCAUUAUUUCUGCAGCCAAUUCAAAUGUCUACUGUGGUUCCCGUGUCUUAUAUUCUUUGGCACAAGCUAAAGUCGGACCAAAGUUUUUAGGUUGGACUACUAAACACGGUGUUCCUUAUGUGGCUGUAUUGAUUACUGCAGCAUUCGGUUGUCUUGGAUUCUUAGUUUUAAGCUCUGGGGGUCAAACUGUUUUUGAUUGGUUAUUGAAUAUUACAGCUGUCGCUGGUUUGAUUGCAUGGGGUUGGAUCUCCUUCACUCAUAUUAGAUUCAUGAAUAUUUUAAAAUCUAGAAAUAUUUCAAGAGAUUCAUUGCCAUUCAAGGCUAUGUUUAUGCCUUUCAAUGCUUAUUAUGCUUCGAUUACAAUUCUUAUCUUAGUUUUCAUCCAAGGAUUCCAAGCUUUCUUUUCUAUAGAUGCUGCUAAAUUUUUCACUGCAUACAUUUCAAACAUUUUUUUCGUUGCCUUAUGGAUUGGAUUCCACUUCUAUUUCAACGGUAAGAACUCAUUUUCAGCAGGUACCUUAUUAUUACCUCUUGAGGAAUGUGAUAUUGACAGCGGUGUUAGGGAGAUUGACGAUUUGGUUUGGGAAGAUGAUGAACCAAAGAACUUGUGGGAGAAGUUCUGGACUUUCGUCUCAUGA